UAAAAGGGUUUAUGGUUUCCAAUAUUCUGCUGUAGGGUUUUUGGGCCAAAAAAAAUCUCACACAAAAAAUCACAUUAUUUCUCUCACAAAACGUCUCAUAAUCUUCAAAAAUGCAAUAAUCUCUGUUCAAAUCAAAAUCUAAAAACACGAAAAAAAUAAUUAAUAAUUAUAAAUAAAAAUGGAGAAUGAAAUAGAAAAUGAGGAUGAUGAUUUCGGAGAUUUAUAUGCAGAUGUUGAAGCUGAAACUAUUUCCGCCAUUAACAUUGCACCUCAAUCUUCACCUUCAAAUACACCUUCACUGUGUGUAACCGAAAACCUAAAUAAUACCAGUGUUCUAGAUGAUAAACAGGUGACGUCAUCAUCAAGUGAUGAUGAUGAUGAUGAUUUAGAUAUAGUUUUGAAUAAUGUGGACGGUGAUAGCGGUGAAGGUUUUGCGAGUUUUCGGAAUAAUGCGGUUUUGCGGAAUAAGGAGUUUGAAGACGAAGAAGACGAUACGGAGGAGGUUAUCGGAAUUAGAAAUUCGCAUUCGGCUUAUAAGUAUCUAAGAUCGGAGUCGGCAGCAUAUGGAAGUGAUAUAAAAGGUGGUGGAUCUUCGGCAGCAGCAGGUUAUUUGUCUUGGGAGGACAACGGGUAUUAUGAACGAAUGGGUUCCAGAUUGAAUGGAGCUCAAAGUGGACACCGGUUCUCACUUCCCCGGGCUAGGAACAUACUAGAUGUAAAUGUUGAUAUAUUCGAGAACAAACCUUGGAAGAAUCCUGGAGUAGAUAUAUCAGACUACUUUAAUUUUGGGUUUAAUGAAGAUAGUUGGAGGCUAUAUUGCAACCAAGUGGAUGAAUAUCGUCAUGGAGGACCUAUGCCUAGUGAGACUCCAGACUCAAAAGCUGCUCAAUUAACAGAGGUUGAUGCGGGAAAAGGACAAGCCAUUGAGGUAGAAGAAAGCAUUUUUGAGCGACAAUCAUCCAUGGAUAUAUGGCGUCAAAUGGAUCUUGGUUCAGAUGUUAUACAAAUUACCAUUACAGAUCCAGAGGAGCAUCUCGAUGGUUCUGUACCUGAAACAUCCAAUCAUGGAAAUGACACUGGAGAUGAUGAUGGCAGGGAUCAUCUUUCUUUUGGUAGUGCAAUGGAAGAUGAAUCUGUUGCAGGAAGUCAUCUGGAGAUGGACGCCCCUAAAAGGUCUUCCAAUCGAAGAAGUAAUGGUAAGCCGGUGAGAAGUGCUGAAAAUCAUGAAAUUGACCAUAUUUCUGAUGGCUCUGAAGGAAUUGAUGAAGCAAUCAAAACUUCUAAUGACUCUAAGGAUACAUGUACCACAGAGACAUCCAUAGCAGAAUCAUCCGAGCCCGAAAAGAGCCUUGCAAGUUGUUUAGAGGGCUCAAGAAAAUUGAUAUACAAAAAAGAAUAUGGUGAGAAUAGAUAUCAUGCAAGACACACCAGUCCUGUAUAUAGUACUAGGAACCAAGGAGAUUCCAAGCAUAAUUAUGAUAGUGUGAUUGAUGAUGCAUACACAAGAUGGCAGGGUGACAAAAGAAAGUAUGUUGAUUACGGAUAUCAUGCAAGAAGAAAUAGUCGUGUAUAUAACAAUAGUCACAAAGAACUGAUACCCAAACCUGACCAUAAAAAUGAUGACAUCUGCUCAAGAAGGCCAGAUGGCCAAAGGAAACUCCGUGAGUAUACAUACUAUGCAGGAGACAGCAGUCCUAUAUAUAACAUUAAAGCUCACCAUGAAGAUGAUGACCACUGGAAAUUUGGUGAGCACAGAUAUGAUGCAAGACAAAGUAGCCCUAUAUUUAAUGUUAAAGCUCACCAUGAAGAUGAUGACCAAAGAAAAUACGGUGAGCACAGACAUCAUGCUAGAUACAGUAGUCCUGUAUAUAGCAUUAAAACUCACCAUGAAGAUGAUGAUUACUUCCCAAUGUCUCAUAAUGAGGGGACCUAUGAUAUGGAAUCAAGUUUUGACCGUCAUAGGUGGAUUAAAAGAUUGCAUGCUUUUGAUCCUUAUAGGGAGGAAAACAUAUCUUUUUCGAAACCAGAACUAUUUUCAGAUCUGUAUGGUGAAAGAUUUUCUGACUAUGAAGAUUGGGGUACUGAAAGAUUCGGGGAAAAGAUGGAUCAACCUGUUUUCAGAAAUUCAGAAGAGGAGGAUUAUUAUUAUGAGCAAAGAAGAUACAAGGAAGACAACAGAAUAAUGUCAGGGGACCGGUGUCUCGAUGAAAUGGGUGCCCAAUGGGAAAGGAGGGAGGAAAAUCUGUUUAAUAAAAGUAAGGGCUACAAUGACGAUUUUUUCUUCGAAGGGGAAUAUUUUGAUGAUAUACAGAGAGAACAAUUUGGAUCUCUUGUGUUUAAUGAUAUGGAAAGGGAUGAGGUUGAACAUGACUAUGAAAAGCAUGUGGCAUAUACUAGAUGGGAAUUUAGAGGACGUGGAAGAAGCAAGGGGAGGGAUUGUAGUCCCCUUUCUGAAUUUAACAAUUCUUGGCUCAAAAAAGAUGAGUAUGUUGCACAUCGAUCUUUAUUAGAAUCCUAUAUCAAUAACGAGAGAUGGCAUGAUGACAUGAUGCCAGGAAAUAGUUUAUUCAGAAGACACACGAAAUAUAGAGGACACUACUCUGAAUCUUAUGAUACAGAAGAUCACAUGACUGAUAUUGAUGGUCAUGUGAAUUUAGGAAGAACACGGCACCAUUGGCAAUCUGAAAUGCAAUGGAAAGAAGAUGAAAAUAUGUUGAGGCACGAGGAUGCUAAGUUCUAUGCUGUGAGAGGGCCAGUUCCUCCUGAAAAGGUGUCAGUGCAUAAAAGGGUUGCUUAUGAUCAUGUUGAGGAGUCGAUUGAUGAUCCACAUGAGUGGUUGUUCAUGCGUGGUGUGGAUUCAAGGGGUUCACGUGUCGUAGAUGGACUUGAUUAUGUUGAGCAGUUGACUGAUGGUCCAUGUGCAAACAGAUUUAGAUAUAAUCAGAAAAAAGAAUCAUUUAGUGGUAAUAAACGACUAUCCCAGAGCUACAGAAGUUCACUUGGUUCACACUUGGCUGGGAAAGGAAAGUCUUUUGGAAAGCACAAUAAAGCAGGGAGGGUGGCCUCUGGCUCUUCUCUUAAUGAUAAGGUGGCACUACCUGUUAAUAUAAAAGCAGUUGAUGAACGUUUGGGCAUCAAGAAUCGUCAGGUUCCAAUCAAAGAAGUAAAUAUGGGACCCAUGAAAAUUGAUGCAAGGGCACACGUUAAUGAUACAAAGCUUCUAAAUCAAAAUGAAAAAACUGGGUUUGAUGAUACUAGGAUUCUCGAGGCAAUGGCAAAGAUGGAAAAAAGAAGAGUACGGUUUGACGAGCCUGCUAUUAAAAAGGAUUCAGAUACAGUUGUUGACUCAGUUCAAGUGACGGCUUCAAAGAAGCAACACAGACCAGCUAGAAAGAGGAAAUGGGGAGGAAACUGAAACCGUUAGUAAACCUAUUCAUUUUUGUGACUGAAAUUGGCUGACUAGAUCAGAAAAGCAGGCUAUAAUGACACAGCAGAGCACAUGAAGGUAAACAAGCUGAGAAUUUAGUUUUUUUGGGAAACAUAUAGACAUACAAUUACUGUUCAUAAUAAUCAGGUUGUUCUUCCAGAUUUGUGGAAAGAGUACUAGCUAUAAAAUUCUCAUGUUUACACUUUGAAAUCGUUUUUGGAAAUGAUAAGUGCUCUUUUAUUUUUUGAUGA